AUGUUCGGUGUGUUGACAGUGAGCGAUACGUGUUCCGCUGAUCCUUCUCUGAACCGUAGUGGUCCGGCCAUCAAUCGGAUGUUGGAGUCGAGCAGUUUCAUCGUCUCUCUGGAAGACUGCGUGCCAGAUGAAUCCUCAUUGAUUCAGGCAGUUUUACUCAAAUGGAUCGCUUCCGGCCUUGUACACGUGAUUCUGACGACUGGUGGAACCGGAAUCGCCCGACGGGACGUAACAGCGGACACUGUAUCCAAACUUAUUGAACAGCCCAACAGACUACCCGGCCUCGAACACGCAUUGUACAAGAUAUCACUCGAAUACACUCCCAAGGCUAGUUUGUCUCGCAUGAUAGCCGGUGUUCGCGAUGAAGUUUUAUUGGUCGCCUUACCUGGGAGUACUAGUGCUGUUUGUCAGUGUGUUCCUGUCAUUUUACCUGUGGUGAAGCAUGCAGUGGAGCAGUUGCGUGGGUGGGUCAAAGGUCAUGGACGUGAGGAAGAGUCAGUAAAGUCAAAACUCACGAAUGGUCACACUACUGUUUCGUCGGUUGUGAGUCGUCCUCGAAGCUCCCCAUUCCCGAUGAUUUCUGUUGAAGAUGCCCAAGGUAAACUCUUUCAAGUAGCCUCGGCCCUUUUGAAAGAAGUCGCACUAGAGGCAGUGUACUACAAGAAUGCGGAAGGCCGUGUUCUUGCCCGUACACUUCGAUCACGUCAGAUUGUUCCGCCGUUUGAUGCAAGUGUCAUGGAUGGUUACGCCGUUCGUUUCGCCGAUGGAACGGGUGUUCGACGUGUGUUGGGUGUGCUAUAUGCUGGCGAUACUGAUGGGGAGAGGUUACGUGUGAAAAAGGGAACAUGUGUUCGUGUCAGUACCGGCGGACCUAUCCCAUUAGAUGCUGAUUGUGUUGUGCCGGUUGAGAAUACCCGACUGGUUUCAGAAAAGAAGGAUGGUAAUAUAAGGGAAGAGGACAAAAUCGAGGUGUUGGACGCUCCAAGUAAGUUGGGUGAGUUCAUCCGACCAAAGGGGUCAGAUCUCUCGCCGAACACACUGUUCAACCGUGGUUUGCGCCUCCAUGCGGCGGAGCUCGGUAUGCUAGCCAGCGCCGGUGUUUUGGCCCCUUGGUCUACAACAGGGACGGAGAUGUUAGCUGACAACGAACCCCCGCUACCCCAAUUAGUAAUGGACCGUUUGGCUUUAGGAGGCCACAUUCCUUGUUUCCAGCAGCCUCGCAUCGGCUUAUUGUCCACAGGUACCGAAGUCGUCGAUGGUGCUACGGUAGCCACAUCGUCUGCCGUGUACGAUGCAAAUCGUCCAGUUCUAAUAAGCUUGUUACACAAAUUUGGCUUUCACACAGUGACCGAUUUCGGGAUUGUGCCUGACGAGCACGAUGUGCUGGUCAGUGCAUUAUCUCGGGCUCUGGCCACGUGUGAUAUUUUGGUCACCACAGGUGGUGUCAGUAUGGGCGAGCGAGAUUUGGUCACCCGAAUUUUGUUUGAAGAGUUUGGCGCCAUUGUGCAUUUUGCUCGCGUAUUCAUGAAACCUGGAAAGCCGACCACAUUGGCUUCGGUUCCCCGACCAGUUGGACUGGGACCGAGAAAGUCCAUACUCAUUCUCUGUUUACCCGGGAACCCGGUGUCCACUUUUGUGACUGCGCACCUGUUUCUCCUCCCAUUGUUGCGAGUCUUUGAAAUGCGAUCAGAAAAUGAAUGCCAGUUACAAUCCAUCCGAGUGCGCCUGUUACACUCCGUACGUCUUAGUGAUCGGCCAGAUUAUCGACGUGCGCGUCUCGUCUGGGAGUUGGACGAGAGUGCUGAACAUUCUAUUCCCUGUGCAACAUGUGAUCAUGCUGGUAGUCAGAUCAGUUCUCGACUGGCCAGUUGCUUAGACUCUGAUCUCCUGAUUUUGAUACCUCCAACGGUCAAAGAAAGUGCCACAACGGAACUGGAGAAAGGCUCCAUAGUACAAGCAUACAUCCUGUGA